GCUGCUGCUCGGCUGGAGAAGGGAGCAGAGAGGUGAGGCGCUGGAAGGGGUGGGGACCGCUGGGCUGACCCAGGCGGGACCAGCUCGGUGUGUGCGAGCGUGUGUGCAGAGUUGAAAAGCGCAGCACGUCGGGGCAACAGGACAGAAUCCGGGGCGUGCGCGGAGCCUCACAGUGUCUUGCUCCUUUGGCUGCAGCCAUGACCGAGAACUCUGACAAAGUUCCCAUCGCCCUGGUGGGGCCCGACGACGUCGAGUUUUGCAGUCCCCCGGCAUACGCCACAGUGACCGUGAAGCCCUCCAGCCCCGCGCGGCUGCUCAGGGUCGGGGCUGUGGUCCUCAUUUCGGGGGCGGUGCUGCUGCUCUUCGGGGCAAUCGGAGCCUUCUACUUCUGGAAGGGGAGCGACAAUCACAUUUACAAUGUCCAUUAUACCAUGAGUAUCAAUGGGAAAUUACAAGAUGGGUCAAUGGAAAUAGAUGCCGGGAACAACUUGGAGACCUUUAAAACGGGAAGUGGAGCUGAAGAAGCAGUUGAAGUUAAUGAUUUCCAGAAUGGCAUCACAGGAAUCCGUUUUGCUGGAGGAGAGAAGUGCUACCUCAAAGCCCAAGUGAAGGCUCGCGUUCCUGAGGUGGGCGCCACGACCAAACAGAGCAUCGCCUCGGAACUGGAAGGCAAGAUCAUGCCGGUUAAAUAUGAGGAAAAUUCUCUUAUCUGGGUGGCUGUAGACCAGCCCGUGAAGGAUAACAGCUUCUUGAGUUCUAAAGUCAUAGAACUUUGUGGCGACCUCCCCAUUUUCUGGCUGAAACCGACAUAUCCAAAAGAAAUCCAGAGACAAAGAAGAGAGUUGGUGACACAAAUUGUUACAAGCACAAGACGACCACACAGCGGACCACGGAGCAACCCAGGCCCUGGAAGGCUGGGAAACAAAACCAGACCCAGUGUGCAGGAGGACACAGAAGCUUCCAACGCCGAGGCUUACAACCAGCAGGAUGAGGGAACCAUGACGUUCGACCCUAGACUGGAUCACGAAGGAACCUGCUGUAUAGAAUGUAGGCGGGGCUACACCCAGUGUGAGAAGAUCUGUGAACCCCUGGGGGGCUUUAACCCAUGGCCCUACCAUUAUCAAGGCUGCCGUACAGUCUGCAGAAUCAUCAUGCCGUGUGCCUGGUGGGUAGCCCGCAUUUUGGCCAUGGUGUGAAAUCACUUCAGGUACCAGGUGCUGGACAGAAUGAACUCAAGAGACAACCAAAGUAUGAAGAAUCUUGAUGCUGAAGGGACCGAAAAGUAUUUAAUACUCAGUCUGAGUGACUUUCUUUGAGACACUUUUAACAGACUAUUUCUCAGUUGCUUUAUAGAACUUUAUCCAGCAUGUGCAAAUGUACUGAAAGGGUAGUCUAAAGAUACUGUAAUAAUCCUUUUACUACUUGCUAUUUUUCAUUUGCUUUGCUGAUAAAUCCUGCUUACACGACUCGCUUCCCAAGCUAUUUUGAAAUAAACAUGAAAAAUUAUUCACCAUUUGUCAAAGA